GCAAAUGAACCAAGAACGCAUCAGACGUCUAAGUUAUGAUGGGCUAUGUUGCUGUUACGCGUAAGCGUCUUUCAUAAUCAUUCUGGCUGAUUCAGUCCUAACACUGGCGCUAAAGUGUUCCUACAAGACAUAUCUUGAAAAGUUUUGUCUAUGGCUGACGACGAGACUCUAAUUGACAAUUCCACGCGAACGUCUUCAGUGCCGUGUUUUCGGCGUCCAAGAGUACUUUCUUCUAGCAGUCUUGAUCCAUACGAGGAUCCUGUUACCGGGCUGGAAAGAGUUGCCUCACUUUCCAAUAUUAGCAGUGCAGCCCAGAGGCGGAGAGAGGAUGAAGAACUUCUUCGGAGACGACAUCAGAGACAACAAUCAGAGCGAGAGCAUGCGUUGUCUUCAAAAUACGAAAGCUUGAACUAUGAAGUUACAGAAAAUCAGCUCUACAAAGACGAAGAAGCUGAGCCAAACCACCAUAUACGUUUAUGGAGGCGAUCGCGAAAUCGCUGGAUCGUGUGUUUCUUCAUAGGCUUUUUCACAGCCAUAGUCGCUGCCUUCAUAGACAUAAUGGUGCACAUCAGCCAAGAAAUCAAGUUCGGCGUGAUCAUCAAGAGGCUCUUGUCGAAAUGCGACAAAGAGACAGAAUUGACUGGUGAUGGUUGUAUGUGGACAGUCGAGGCCGCCUGGAUGUGUUACAAUUGUAUACUGGUUGGGAUAGCGGGUUGUCUGGUAAUCUUCUGGGCUCCUGUCGCGGGUGGAUCUGGAAUACCUCAGAUCAAAUGCUUUCUCAAUGGAAUUCAGAUACCAGAAGUAGUUAAGCUAAAAACCCUGAUCUCUAAAGCCUUUGGAGUUGCUUUAGCUGUUGGUGGAGGAUUGUCAGCUGGAAAAGAAGGACCAAUGAUUCAUUCUGGAGCCGUUGUUGGUGCAGGGCUGUCACAAGGACGAUGCCAGUCCAUCCCGUUUGACACGGGACUUUUCAAGGAAUUUAGAAACGACAGAGAACGACGCGACUUUGUCUCGGCGGGUGCAGCCGCUGGAGUGGCUGCAGCUUUCGGUGCACCAAUUGGUGGUGUGCUUUUUUCUCUUGAAGAGGGGGCAAGCUUUUGGAAUCAGAAUUUGACAUGGAGAAUGUUCUUCUCGGCUAUGAUCUCGGCCUUUACCUUGAACUUUGUGCUUAGUUGGUAUAAUGGUCGAAGUGGAUGGUUAUCUUGGACCGGUCUAGCUAACUUCGGUGUGUUCGAGAAUAAGAACUACAAUAUCUGGGAAAUACCUUUCUUCCUCGCAGUUGGGGUCAUCGGAGGUCUCACUGGUGCUUUAUUCAAUCACCUCAACAUGAAGCUGACGCAAUUUAGAAAAAAAUACGUGUCAAACAAGUGGAGACGUUUGGUAGAAUGCUUCCUAGUAGCGGCUAUGUCUGCGUUUACGGGUUUUGUCACUCUUUUUGUGGUGGAUGACUGCCAACCUGUUGGCGUCAACCCGAAUAUAACCGAAGUCAACCAGAUGUGGUGCAAGAAGGGCGAAUAUUCGGCCGUGGCCAAGCUUUUCUUCCAGAAUCCGGAGGAGAGUGUAAAGGCGUUAUUCCAUAGUCCAGUUAAUUCCUUCCGACCUUGGACAUUGCUGAUAUUCUCUGUAGAGUAUUAUCUGCUAACUUUAUGGACUUUCGGGCUUUCGGUACCUGCUGGAGUUUUUAUUCCCGCAUUACUGACGGGUGCCGCCUGGGGUCGUCUCUUUGGAAUCGGCGUUGGAAGAGUAUUUCCAAACAUUACGGGGAUUGAUCCAGGCAAGUAUGCACUAGCGGGAGCAGCUGCGCAGUUGGGAGGUCUCGUUAGAAUGACUAUAUCUCUUACUGCAAUCAUCAUGGAAGCUACAAAGGAUAUAACCUUUGGUCUUCCAAUCAUGUUAGUGCUUAUGGUCACAAAAUGGGUUGGCGACAUGUUCAAUGAGGGAUUGUAUGAUAUACAUAUUGACAUCCAGGAGGUUCCCAUUUUGGGUUGGCAUCCACCCAAAGUUAGCCGGAAUAUAUUAGCAGAAAAGGUCAUGCGUUCUGAUGUGGUUGCCAUGGAACGUCGAGAACGAGUCGCUCGGGUUGUAGCUGUGUUGAAAACUACGAACCAUCAUGGAUUUCCGGUUGUGGAUAGGAUUGAAGAGUCAGCAUAUUCCAGUCUUCCGGACUAUGGUCAUCUGAAAGGCAUGAUUCUACGAUCUCAGCUCAUCACUCUGCUUGAAAAAAGGGUAUUCUAUUCUGAGCUGGAUGGCUUUGAAGGAAUUGAGAGAAUGGGUACUGUCAAGCUCAGUGAUUUUUUUGACGAAGAUGUGCAGCAAGACAAGCCUGUAGAAUCACUGGGAUUGUCCGCGUCGGAUGAGCAGUGCUGGAUGGAUCUUGAGCCGUAUAUUCAUCCUCACCCGCAUCGAGUUCCUCUGAAUGCUUCCUUACCCUUCAUCUUCCAGCUUUUCCGAGGUCUUGGAUUGCGGUAUCUGCCCGUUGUGAAUGAUGAGAAUAAGCUUCGCGGAAUUAUCACGAGAAAGGACGUUGCUAGGUUCCGUGAACGACGAUUCAACAGGAAAUAUCAAGUUCAAGAGCUGUAUAUAGCAGAAGAUAGGUCUAACUGACCUACUGCAACUGUGGAAUAUUCUGUGUCAAACUGGUUAUCAUUAAUACGUGGAGUUUGUAUCUAUGGGUGAAUCUAUACUGGAUUAGAAUUCGCUAGUCUUCAUUGCCUAUCCAUAUGCAAUAGCUACCUGUUCUAGAACUUCUAGAAGCUUUGUAUUGGUUGAUCCGGUGAUUUGUGAUGUUUUUUUUUGUGAUUUGUUGUCUCAUUUUAUCUCUCAUUGCUGUGCUACUUUUCCACUAUUUGAACUCUUAAUAAACUUUACUGCCU